AUGUCGGAGAAGAAGGCCGCCGAGAAGGUCUCCGAGAUUGACGAGCACAUCAGCAAACAGUACGACAUCGUGCGACGCCUCGGCAAAGGGGCCUACGGCAUAGUAUGGAAGGCGAUCGAGAAGAAGAAACAGGACACGGUCGCGGUGAAGAAGAUCUUCGACGCUUUCCGAAAUCAGACGGACGCGCAGCGUACGUUCCGCGAGAUCAUGUUCCUGCUGUCGUUCGCCAAUCACGAGAACAUCAUCCGGCUGAUCGGGCUGCACAAGGCGAACAACGACCGGGACAUUUAUCUGGUUUUCGAAUACAUGGAAACGGAUCUACACAAUGUCAUCAAGCGCGGCAAUAUCCUCAAGGACAUCCACAAGAUUUUCAUCAUGUAUCAACUUUUUAAGGCGAUAAAGUACAUACACUCGGGCAACGUUAUUCACAGGGACUUGAAGCCGUCCAACGUGCUCCUGAAUGCACAAUGCCACUGCAAAAUCGCGGAUUUCGGGCUGGCACGUUCGGUUACGCAGAUCGGCGAGGGCGAUGGUGAGGCUGGAAGCGAUCCAACCUUGACGGACUAUGUCGCUACUCGGUGGUACCGCGCGCCGGAGAUCCUCAUAGCUUCAAAGAG